CGGUACUUCAGGAUUUAUGUUUAUACAUGUUUAGGAUCACCCUAUAUACGACAAUCAAUGUCAUUUUUUGAAAUAUAAAUAAUCUCGUUGGUUCAAGGACUAGUCGGCAGCGGAGCGUCGAAUAAUUACAAAUGAUUUCAAAAUAGGUGUUUAAACGAAGGUAUAAGAAAUAUGAAUAUAACGUUGUUACGGAAACGCCGUGUAUCACUUUGAACCAGUCCAUAUUGUUCGCGAGCAUAACUUUCAGCUGAUAACUGUUAUCAGACGAACAAACGAAUUCGCCGGCUGUCCAAUCACUUUCACUGUUGUUGAGUCUUUCAGAGACAUGUAGCUAUAUUAUAUAACGUAAAGCAUGUUCUACAUAUACUGUAUAUUUGCAUUGGAUGCAUUUUCGCUGGGGACCUACUUGGCGAUACAGCCGAAGCAUGUUAUCCAGCUGGGUGGGACUUUUUUUACGGUGGGACUCUUAAAAUCCCUCAUAGCGCUAUUAGCAAUUUUCUCGAAAGCCAGUGUGGUUCACAUAAGUAAUAAGAACAAUAAACAAAACGUUAUGGUGUGGUGCUUAUUGUUCUCUGUAUUAGGGAACGUACUUUCGGCGGCAACUUCAUCGGUCCUCUUAUACUUCGUUGCUCGUCUGAUUUGUGUUGCUAGCAUUCCAGUACAAGCCAUAUUGAAAAGUGAAAUAACAAAACAUUCUAAAGACACCGACGAAUCCUCUAAGGUAUUGAUGAAUUUGGAAACCAUCGGAACUGUAGGUUUCAUGGUUGGAAGAGUGAUUGGAGGAUAUUCCGGUGAUUACGUCAGAGGAAACGAAUAUGUGUAUAUGUCGAUGAUAGGGAACAUUCUCAUUUCUAUUGUUUUGGUGAAAUCUUUACCUGAAGAGGAUUCCAAACAAACUAAGGACUCGAAGAAAUCUAAAGACGCCCAAAAAAAUAUGAACAUUAUAGAAGAAGCCUGGCAAGAGAUGUCAUCGUUGUUUACGGAUUUGAGUAUGUUGGCGUCUUCUCAAUACAAAGACGUGUUUGCGAUCAAACUGUUCGUGGAAUACGUUUCGGUGAUCAACUUCAACGCGCUAGGGACAACGUUGAACGCGGAAUACCGAUUGCCGAUGGCGACAAUCGGAUAUUGCAUCGUUUUCAACAUGACCGUUCCGAUAGUGGCAAGUUGGUUCGUUGGUACGGUUCGAUCGAGGUAUUACGCGGAAGAUUCUGGUUACUUAAGAGUGCGGCAUUUCACGACCGUGAUAGUGGCCACUUACGCGAUUUCCUCGGUCACGUCGGAUUUGCCCGUGUUUAUUUUAGCAAUCACGAUGAAUUCGGCAGCGAAGUCGUUUAUAGACUCGGCUCUGGACGAUUUGCUACAUUUAAAAAUCGAAGCAGAUCAAUCUAAAGGCAAAAGAAACCGCACGACAAUUGCCUUGAAAUGUUUUAAUAACAUAAAUACCAUUGCUCAACUCAUUGGACCGCUAACAUCGGGAAUUCUAUCUUGUAUGUUUAGCAUAAGAAGCAAUUUUCUAGCGUGUGCUCUAUUCAUGAUCUUAACAAACCGACUGUCUAAAACUUAGCAGAAGAAGUAUUAUUUUUUUAUAAGCAUAUUUCUAAGCGGAUAGCUGAAAUCCGUGCGCUGAGUAGGUUUACUGAAAAAUGUACAAUUGUGCUCACAACGUAUUGCGAAAUGAAUUCUGUGAUUUUGAAUAAAAUGAUAAGAUAAUAAUGAAUUGUUUUCUCUGUUGCACUUCAAAUAAACCAAAUAUAUCCCUAUUAACAGAUUAAGUG